GCCAGUUGUAUGUGGAUCGAGAAUCAAGCAUUACAUGUUGUUCUACAAAGACUAGUGGUAGUUUCUUCUUCGCGUUUGCCCCAUCGCCCUGGCCUCUAUCCCUUCCGACUCCGCUGUUCGCCUCUACAUCCGGGACGGUUCUCCAUUUCCCUUCACAGUACCAGAUCCCUCCUUCCACACCUUGUCUCGUUGUGGCUGGCUCUCUGUCUUUCUUGUGCGUGUAUGUGUAUAGUGUGAGUGCGUGUAUAGUGUGUGUGUGUGUGUGCGUGUGUGUGUGCGUGUGCGUGUGCCUGUGUGUGUGUGUUUGUAGUGUGUGUGCGUGCUCGCGUGCGCACGAGUUUGCCCUCACGCGUCUGCAGGCCCCCUCGGCGUCCUCUUCCGCCUUGUGUCCAGCCUUUGGGCUCGAGAUAUCAGCAGAAAACUUCGCGUCUCCUGGGGGCGGAUCGAGGACUGAACUCACAAGUUCUCGACAGAACGCGAUCUAGAUGUCGUCGCGAGACUGGAGAGUUGACUGUCCCAGCACUGGGUAUUCCGCCCGAGGCGCCAGGUUCACUGAAGAGAUGGUCAGUUUGCUGUUUAAUCAGAGAGGAGUUUACGAGAAGAGCAGAUUUUCAAAACUUACACGGCAGAAUACAUCCGGGUGGAAGGAACAGACUUGCGAGGUUGAGGCGGUCGAGCGAGGAGGACGCGAAGUGGAGGGUGGAAGAGGGAUAUCGGCAUGUGGUAUUCGCGUCGCCGCGUGGUGUUGUCGUCAACUUGCUUGGUUUCACUCUGAAGAGCUACUCGGCCGGAUCGCCACGUCGAGGCGCAAGUUGUUGAUCCGGUCCCACACCACCCAACCCCGGGUCUGAGCCUACAAGUGCACUUCUCCCUACCCGGACAAGAGAAGGCACCUGUCCUAGUCAGCAUGCGUGAG